AUGCAUUCCUUAACAUGGACACCACUUUCUUCUUCUCAUCUCACCACUCUAAAGCCAAACCUGAACCCUCUGCUGGGUGCAGAUGCAACUUCAAGGCCAUACUCUCUACCCUUCAAAAGAAGAAUCUGCUUUACUACCAAAGCCAUACUCUCAUCCACCAGAGAAGAUGUCUUGAAGUACUUCAACGAACGUAGAGCUCUCAAGAUUAUCUCAGGCUUGCAGAAUUUCAAUAAAGACAAUGUUGCCUCGGUUGUCACUGCUGCUGACAAGGGUGGAGCAACUCACGUGGAUAUAGCAUGUGACCCUGAGUUGGUAAAGCUAGCCAUCGGCUUAACUUCUCGUCCGGUUUGUGUUUCUUCUGUAGAUCCUGCAACAUUUCCAGCUGCAGUUGAAGCAGGAGCCCUAAUGGUUGAGAUUGGAAACUAUGAUUCAUUCUAUGAGAAGGGAAUAGUUUUCACUCCAGAAAAGAUUCUAGGUCUGACAAAGGAGACAAGGAGGAUACUUCCAUCGGUAGUCUUGUCUGUCACUGUUCCUCACACACUAAGCCUCCCUGAUCAGGUCAAGCUUGCAGAGUCACUGGAACUAGUAGGUGUAGAUAUUAUUCAAACUGAAGGAGGAAAAUGUUCUAAUCCCACAAAAUCUGGUGUUAUGGGUUUGAUUGAGAAGGCAACACCAACUUUAGCAGCAGCAUAUUCUAUAUCACGAGCUGUCAAGAUCCCUGUGAUGUGCUCCUCAGGGCUAAGCGCUGUCACAGCACCUAUGGCUAUAACAGCUGGGGCAGCUGGUGUGGGUGUAGGCUCUGCAGUUAAUAGACUCAAUGAUGUGGUUGCUAUGAUUGCGGAGGUCAGAAGCAUUGCUAAUUCAUUGCAGACAUCAUUUCAGACAUCCCCUACUCAUGAAGUGGAAACACAAAGACAGUAG